UAGAUAUUUGCCUAACCUUUCUUUAAUGUUUGUGUAUUGUGGUUGUGAUUGAUUAAGAGGAUUUUUAAUUUAUUAAUGAUUGCAUUAAAAGAUUUAUUAUUCAAUAGUUCUUUCUGUAUAUUUUAAAUCUGUCAGAUCUAAAACAGAUUCUUACAUUGUAUUAAGCUUGUAACUUAAUAAUAACUACAUUGUAAACUACUGAUAAAUUAAAGAAAUGGAGACUAUAUUGGAGCAACAGAGAAGAUAUCAUGAGGAACGGGAAAGGUUGAUGGAUGCAAUGGUGAAAGAAAUGUUGCAUAAAAAAUCAAGUUAUCGAGAACAAAUAAAUUCAGAUCACAGGCUCAAGAUGCUUCUUGAUCAGUACAUGGAGAGUACUCAUAAGUUAAAGGAACUGUAUGAAGACAAGGAUGGUAUAAGAAAAGAUGAAGUUGCUGCACUUUCAGGUCCUAAUGAAUUUUCCGAGUUUUAUUCGAGGUUGAAAACCAUUAAGGAAUUCUAUCGCAGAAUUCCUAAUGAAAUUUCAGUUCCCAUGUCUGUUGAAUUUGAGGAACUGGCAAAACUAAGAGAAAACCCCACUGAAGAAACAUCAAAUUUAGUUGAAUUUACAGAUGAAGAAGGAUAUGGAAAAUAUCUCGACCUUCAUGAAUGUUAUGAAAAAUAUAUUAAUUUAAAAGGAGUAGAGAAAGUGGAUUAUAUAACAUACCUUACUACCUUUGAUCGACUUUAUGAAAUCCCUAAAGAUAGGAAGAGUUCUGAGUACAAACGAUAUGUUAUUAUGCUCCUGAAUUAUCUCUGUGAUUACAUAGCUAGAAUAAAACCUCUGCUUGACCUCGACCAGGAAUUAACUAAUGUUCAAAAGGACUUCACGUCACAGUGGGAAGCAGGAACAUUCCCUGGUUGGCCGAAAGAAACUGGCAGUGUGUUAAGCAAUGUUGGUGCCCAUCUUGACUUAUCUGCUUUUUCAUCCCCUGAAGAGUUGGCUUCUCUCGGUCUGGACAGACUUAAAUCAGCAUUAAUGGCUUUAGGAUUAAAAUGUGGAGGGACAUUAGAAGAAAGGGCCCAGCGUUUAUUCAGCACUAAAGGGAAAAAAUCCCUUGAUCCAAAUUUACUUGCCAAGUCAAAGCCAGGUAAAUCAAACCGAGAACGUGAUCUUGAAAGACAGCGGGACAUAGCAUUCUUGGAAGCACAAGCUUAUAAGUUAGCUGAAUUACUAAGUGAACAACGAGCUGCUACUAAAGAAAAUGUUCAAAGGAAACAAGCUAGAACAGGAGAAGAAAGAGGAGAUUCGGAAGGUGAAGCAUCGUCGUCAGGAAGUGAAAGUGAGGGAGAAGAUGAUGGAGUUCCGUAUAAUCCAAAAAAUUUACCUCUUGGUUGGGAUGGAAAGCCCAUUCCAUAUUGGCUUUACAAGUUGCAUGGGCUCAACAUCAGUUAUAAUUGCGAAAUAUGUGGUAAUUUUAUCUAUAAAGGACCAAAGGCUUUUCAAAGACAUUUUGCUGAGUGGAGGCAUGCUCACGGUAUGCGUUGCCUCGGAAUUCCAAAUACAGCACAUUUCGCUAACGUUACCCAAAUAGAAGAUGCUUUGGCUUUGUGGGAGAAGCUAAAAACAAUGAAACACGAUGAACGUUGGCAACCUGAACACGAAGAAGAAUAUGAAGAUUCCCUCGGAAACGUAGUGAAUAGGAAAACAUACCAAGAUUUAAAAAGACAAGGACUUUUAUAAAAAUUGUAUUUAUCGCAUAUUUGAUAGUUUGUUUUGUCCUUCCAAUUGUGUCAGUGCUACACUUCAUAUUAUUUUAUUCCUUUUAAAUAUUAGUUGGACAAUAGUUUCUGUUCGAUCAAUUUUCACACUCAUAAUGUAUUUCAAAUAUACUUAUCACCUUAAAUUUACAAUAUUAAGAGGUAUAGAAAUUUUUGUUGCAAUUGCAGGUUUUAUUAUUUUACUUAUUAAUAUAUAGAAUGUAAAUUUAAAUAAAAUAAUUUUUUAUUAA